UGGGAAGGACCCCACUUGUCAAAUGACUUGCGCUAGUGGCAAACAUUAGCUAAUUUUGGCUUAAUGCGAUCUUAACAGGGUUUCUAAACGUUAUUUUAUGAAGAUAAUUCAACUAAUCGUGUAAUUGAAGUACACGUUUGUGUACAUGUGUAUUUUGGCGAAUGCCAAGCGAGCGUUAGCUAGCUAUCGUCAUCACAGCGUCAAUGAAAUGUUGCUGACCAACUUUGGGGUGUUGUGAAGAGUGGGAAGACCAUAACAAGAAAAUACACUUUUUAUGAAACUUUUCGAAGAGCACUGUGACUGGGUAAUAUUUGGGAAUGGCAGAUGAAGCCCUCUUCCAGUUUCUUCACAAUGAAGUUAUUCAGUAUGUCUACAAAUCAGCAGAGACCGGGGAGAUGGAAAACGGGCGAUGCAUCACCAAACUGGAAAGCAUGGGAUUUAGAGUCGGACAAGGGCUCAUAGAAAGAUUUACAAAAGAUACCGCACGCUUCAAAGAUGAACUUGACAUUAUGAAAUUCAUCUGUAAGGACUUUUGGACCUGUGUCUUUAAAAAGCAAAUCGACAACUUGAGGACAAACCACCAGGGCAUUUAUGUGCUCCAAGAUAAUAAAUUCCGCCUGCUUACACAGCUGUCUGCAGGUAAACAGUAUUUGGAUUAUGCUCCAAAGUAUUUAGCGUUCACCUGUGGCCUGGUGAGAGGAGGACUCUCCAACAUUGGAGUGAAAAGCAUCGUGACAGCAGAAGUGUCUGUCAUGCCUGCAUGUAAAUUCCAAGUCAUGAUUCAGAAGUGAAGUGGACAAAUCAUCUAUUAAUACUUUCCUUGAUGCCUUUUCUUUUUAUUAUUUUUUCUUUUUCUUAAGAAAACUUACCCUAGCAUGUAAAUUACGUUUAUCUACUAUGUGUCUUUCUUUCAGAUGUUUUAUCGUUGCUUUAAUCAGAAUAUUCUAUCAAAAUCAUAAGAUACUGUUAACUGGCAGCCAUAACUAUAUUUGCACUGCAUUAUUUGCUGAAGUUUGCCUGUGAUUGCCCCCUGAUGGGGAUUGCAACAUUUUAAUGUUUAGUGUUUAAGUAUUGUGAUAUUAAAACACAUCAUGUAAAGAUG